AUGAAAACAUUUGUAUGUUAUAUCGGUCUUUUAAUUACACUGGCUCUUCGAUUAAGAGCCACACAGUUUAAUUCUGCAAGCCACAAUCCUUCAUCGUAUAUUGAACUUGGUGAUAGAAUUUCAAAUAAAGUGGGAGCAACAUGGAAAAACCAGUUAGAUUCAUUCGUAGAUGUUGUAUCUACAAAAAUAGUGGACAAAUUAGAAAAUGAUAUAUCAAAUGGAAAUGGUUUAGAUAAUAUGAUGGUUCUUCUUGAAAAUGAUGCAGAAAUCUUCGACACAGAUGCCUACACAGGUCAUAACAUGGCACUUAUUCAAACUGAAUUUAUAAAGAAGUUGAAAGAAAAGUUUAACAAGAGUAAAUUUGGAAAUCAUCUAAAAAAAUUUGGUAAACAUUUAAAAGAUAAAAUGAAAGUUCUUUAUCUUAAACACAAAGAUAAAUUGAAGAAAUUUUUGAAAGUUAUGAUUGUCGGUUUAGUUAUACCCCUCGCAAUCAAGUUCAUAAAGAAAAAUUUGAAAAUAUGGGAACAAAGAACGUUAGAAGCUACUAAAAAACUUGAUCCAGAUACUAGAAGUGUAACGACACCAAUUAUUCAAGCUUUAUAUAGUAAAUUUGAAGAAAAAAUUGACGAUUAUGCUGCGGAACACGAAAUAAGUGUUGACAAAGAAUUGAAUGUAAUUCAAGAAUUGGAAAGAGAGAAGCAAGAUAUUGAAAAUAUAGAAAAUCAAGAAAAAAUGUUAAAGCAGAAUUAG